AUGGUUGAAUUAUAUUUAAAAAUAAUAUAUUUUUUAUUAUUACCUAUAAUAAGAAAUUCAAAUAUAAGAAUAAACUUUAUAAAAUAUNUUAUAAACAAUUUAUAUUUGUUUAGUUUUGAUGGGAAUUUUGUCAAUAAUGUAGCUAAUGGUAUAGGCAAAUUUGUGAAUUCUCGUAAAGAAGUGAGAGGAUUUUGGCUUAAUAAUAAAUUGAUUGGAGAAGGUACAGAAAUAAGAAAAAAUGGAACAAUUUAUGUGGGACAAUUUUAAGAUGGCAAAAUUCAUGGUUAAGGUAAAUUUGAAUUUGCUAAUGGGUGUGUAUAUAAGGGGAAUGUGUAUAAGGGAAAGAUGCAUGGCAAUGGAGAACUUAUUUUUAAUGACAAUACUAGAUAUGUUGGUGAAUUUAGAAACAAUUGCAUAUAAGGAAGUGGAAUUUAUGAAGCCAGUAUUCCUAUUUAAGGUUGGGUAAGAAUUAAAAUUUAAAUUUAAGUUUCAUUCAAAAUAUGAACAUUAAACUAUGUUUCUGUAUUUUUUCAGAUAAGAAACACCAGUCUUAAUUGAUAACCAAGAUUGUGCUCUAAUUUAAAAAUAAUUAAGUACAUUUUUUGAUUGA